CGCCCGUGUUCGUUGCAGACAAGCCACAAGAUGCACACUGUCAUCCCUCUCCUACUUGCCUGCCUGUCAGCGCUGCCAUUCGCGUGUGGCGGAGAGGACGGCGGUACGCAUUUCAGACAACGUGUGGCAGAGGCCGCGCAGCAGAUCUGUACCCCCUGGAUGGAUGGAAGAAUGGCAAAAUCCAACGCGGGAGGCGUGUGUUUGUCUUGUGUUCUUCAGCUGUGUCAGAUCAGGACAUCCCGCCCGCUCCUCACGGUGAGAUUUUCAUCCAUGCAGGCAUGGCAUGCACGAGUCGGGUGCCCGUGUAUGGUCCUUUCUGUCCAUGCAGGUUUCGUGUACAUCGGUGGCGGCCUGUGUUACCCCACCAAUGACACGAGUGGCAAGGACAGCAGCACCGAGACGCCCAUUAUCGAUGAGGAUGGCGUAGUGGUUGGCUUGGGAGGCGUUCGGCACCAGGCGCAAUCUGUCGGCAUAGACAUCGAUGAAUGCGUACGUGGAAGGAGGAAGGAACCAACGACCGACGGGCAUUCUCUUGUGUAUUUGUGUGUGCUUUCAGGGCAGGCUGUGCCGUCAGAUAGCCCCCGGCGCAGAGAGGCCCCCCAUGGCGCCUGAAGAAGGGAACUGCUACGGUGCGCAUCUACGGAUGACACGACCAUCAUUGGUUUUGUGUCCGUGUACUGUAGUUGUACAUCCGUGCACUUUGCUGUGAUCAGGUUUUCAGUAUUCGCCCUUGAGUCAAUCGUGCACCUUCAUCGUCGACACCGUGCCGGUCACCUCGAACGGGAUGGACUUCUCGAAGUGCUACAGAUUCGUCGGGGGAGAAGGUGAGGAAGGGCAGCACAUUCAACCAGGCUCAAUGCACACGUGCAUCUGACGUGUGUGCAUCGUUCUCAGAGCCGUAUGAGUAUGUUGGCAGUGGCGCCUGUCGUGUGGAGGUCGACGGGAAGGUCACCGUCGGUCAGUUCUUCUCGCUGUUCGACGUCCCCCAGACCAACAUCACGGCCGAGUACUGCUUCGAGUACUGCAACAGGUUCAACAGGGAAUACGGGGCCAUCUCGACCAUCACCAACGAGCCCUUCUGCACAGGGGUGGAGGUGCGCACUCUGUGCGAGAUACAGGUGCUGUACCCGCCGACCAUUGCCGAGCCGCAGCUGUGCUAUGCACUCAAGCAGUGAGACUCAGAGGCAGUAUGCAGCACGACGGGCGGCUGUCAUGUUUAAGACGUGUGUGUAUAUGCGUGUGCCCAUAUCCCUUCGUAUGUGUACAAUAAGCUGGGUCUGUCUUUACUAGUAAGACAUCUGUCUGUCUUCGUGAGUUGGCCAGGCGUGGCGUGCCUAGCAGUUUGUAAGCAUCAUGUGUACUGGGUCGCACGCACGGGCGGUCUUUUUCGCGAGGCUGCAUUGCAUUGAUUGCAGCCGGAGUUUUGUCGUCCAGCUGCCGGUUUUCCUCUGUGUAUGUGUUGUGUGUACGUUGUUGGCGUUUCGUGUGCAGGCAACAUGGUGUUUGUUUAUCUUACACGUGAUGUGACGGAUGUCACGGCACGUACUGUAUGUCGUGAGAAGAGACACAUUUGGCCAUCCACAUCAAGAGAGGGGUGUACAAGCACAUUAUGUGAUUGAUAGUGAGGCCGGCACCUUGUCUGUCUGUCUGUCGUGGUUGAAUCGCGGAGAGGGAGUGCAGAAAGGAAAGGGCGCUGUUCUUGGAGGCGGUGUGUGUAGAUGAUUGAAUGGACGGAUGACACAGAUGGAUGAGAUUGAUGCACCUGAAAAAAAUCGCGC